UGUUGUUGGAAAAUUGUCCCUGAUGAAGGCCUAGACCUGAUCAUGAUUGCAGAGACUUUCGGAUGCAGACUCUGACUCAGGACACAGGCAUGAGCCUGGCCUCUGUGACCCUGGCCAGUGCCCUUCAGGUCAGAGGUGAAGCUCUGUUGGAGGAGGAAAUCUGGUCCCUCUUGUCCCUAGCUGUUGAGCGGCUCCUGGAAGACCUUCAUGAAGAUUCCUCGGACUAUGUGAUCUGCCCCUGGUCAGCCCAGCUAUCCGCAGCUGGAAGUCUUUCUUUCCAGGACCAUGUUUCUCACAUAGAGGCUGCUCCUUUCAAGGCCCCUGAACUGCUCCAGGGACAGAGUGGUGAUGAACAGCCUGAUGCAUCUCAGCCUCUGCGGCUCCGUGAGCCCCUGCACUCCAUUCUGCUGACCAUGUGCGAGAACCAGCCUAGCAGGCGGCUGCCCUUGCAGUCGGUUCUGGAAGCUUGUCGGGUUCAUCGGGAAGAAAUGGCUGUCUACCCAGCCUCUGCCAAUGUCCAUGUUCGACGGCUGGCCACCUUAGUACUGAGCACCGUCUCCGAGGUGGAGAGCAGAGUUGUGGAAGAAAGCUCCCCUAUGCAGCAGGACAGAAGCUACCUGCUCAGGAAUAGGCUGCAUCAGGAGAGCUGCGAGAACUCAGCAGCAUGGGCCCUGGAGCGUCUGCACCCUUGCAGAGUUUCAGAAAGAAGCACAGAGACGCAGAGCUCCCUGGUGCCUGGGCUGAGCACCCCAGCACACAGUCAUCACAGCCUCUCUGUCAGCAGUGCUCUUCCAAUUGAUGUUCCCCAAGAGCUUCAGGAUAGACAGUGGUUAAGCUCUGGUUCCACUCUCUCUGUGGCAGCAGAAACCCCACAGCCAGCAACUGCUACUCAAAGGGCUUUUUUGCAAAGAAAAGGAAAGUUUUCUACGCCGGAGUUCGUCUUGCUGGCUGGAGAGGCCCUGGUGAUUUUGCAUCUGCCUGGUUCGAUUGUGACCAAAAAAGGGAAAUCCUAUUUGGCUCUCAGGGACCUCUGUGUAGUGCUGUUGAGUGGGCAGUGUCUGGAGGUGAAAUGUGACAUUAUGUCAACAGCAGGAGCAAUCUUCAGUGCUGUCAUGUCCUUCAUCAACCUUGGAGAGCUCACCUACUUUGGCUUGGCUUAUAUGAAAGGUAAAGAGUUCUUUUUCUUGGACAAUGAAACCAGGUUGUGCAAAAUAGCCCCUGAAGGCUGGAGUGAACAGCCCCAGAAGAAGACCUCCUUGAAUACCUUCACACUCUUUCUGAGGAUAAAGUUCUUUGUCAGUUGCUGUGCACAGCUCCAGCACAGCCAGACAAGGCAUCAAUUUUAUCUGCAGCUUUGGAAAGACAUUCUGGAGGAGAAGCUGUACUGCAAUGAUGAGACACUGCUGCAGCUGGCGGUCCUUGCCUUGCAGGCUGAAUUUGGCAAUUACCCCAAGGAGAAAGAGAAUAAAGCCUAUUUUCGGGUUGAGGAUUACAUCCCUGCAAGUUUGAUUGAGAGGAUGACUGCUCUCUAGGUCCAAGUUGAAGUCUCAGAGAUGCACUAUCUCAGUCCUGUGCUCUGGGGAGAGGAUGCGGAGUUGGAGUUCUUGAGGGUCACUCAGCAGCUCCCAGAAUAUGGUGUGCUAGUUCACCACAUUCUCCCAGAGAAGAUGAAGGGAGCAGGGGAGACGGCCUUGGGGAUCUGUGCCAAGGGUGUCAUAUUCUACGAAGUGAAAAACAACAGCAGAAUUGCAACUUUGCGGUUUCAGUGGAGAGAAAUCAGGAAGAUUUCUACUUGUCGAAAGAAGUUCACCAUCACAAGCAGCAUCUCUGGGAAAAAGCAUACAUUUGUCACCAAUUCAGCAAAGACCUGUAAAUACUUACUGGGACUCUGCUCUGCUCAGCAUGGGUUUAAUGCUCAGACGAGCUCUCUUCCAGUUGCAGCUGGCCAUGAUAAAUGUGUGCAAAUGCCCAAUGUGAGUCUUGCACACCCGGCCCAAUCCAAGCCUCUCACUUGGAUUCAGAAAUUGUCGAGCUCAGAAAAUACGCCGUUCGCACCCACACCCAGGCUGGUGAGCGCAGGGGGCCCAUUGCCCACGUUGCUGGAUAACUUCGCUGUGGAAACCACCAAGGAGGCUAUGGCACAGGGAAUCCGAGGCAACCCUUGUGCAGAUCAGGAGCAGUUGGAGACCGUCUGUUUGACCCAGAAGCCACCGACUUGUGACCCCGUCUCUGGAUCACCUGCUGAGAGCGUGCACAGGGGGCCACAAAAUAACAGGAGAAAGGACUUUAGAGCUGAACCAGAAUGAGAAAUCGUGCAUGUGACACUGAACCAGGACCCACAUCGUGGUUUUGGCUUUGUCAUUAACGAGGGGGAAGAGGUUGACAAAGUUGACCCUGGCAUCUUUGUAUCCUCUAUUAUACCUGGAGGACCAGCUGCAAAAGCUAAAAAGCUCAAACCAGGAGGGCAGAUACUAGCCUUGAAUCACAUCAGUCUGGAGGGCUUCACGUUCGACAUGGCUGUUAGAAUGAUUCAGAAUUCUCCUGACAGCAUAGAAUUAAUCAUUUCUCAGUCAAAAGGUAUCUGUGGAAAUACUCCAGGGAAGGAAAAGAAUAACAUGGCCAAUUCUGGGGUCUUCUCUACAGACAGCCUGAGCAAUGGGCACCAGUUCCUUGUCACACACACAAGACCGGGGGUGGGGGGGGGCGGGAAUUCUGAAGAGCUUGAAGUGGCUCAGACUCAGAGCUUACUGCCCAGGGAGAGACUUCAGCUUCCUCCUCUGCCAUUAAAGGGUGCUGGCUCUUCUUGUCCUCCACCACCUUCAGAAAUCAAUGCCAAUGAAAUCUACUUUGUGAAACUUGUUAAAGAAGAUGAGACACUUGGAUUCAGUGUGACCGGUGGCAUUAACACAAGUGUGCCCUAUGGAGGUAUUUACAUGAAAUCCAUUGUUCCUGGAGGGCCAGCUGCCAAGGAAGGACAGAUCCUUCCAGGUGACUGGCUCUUGCAGGUGCAUGAAGUGGGUCUGUGUGGCCUCACCCACAAGCAGGCUGUGCAGUGCCUCAAGGAUUCUGGGCAGGUUGCAAGACUCGUCUUAGAGAGAAGAGGCCCCAGGACUGCCCAACAGUGUCCUUCUGCUAAAGACAGGAUGGGAGAUGAAUGCAUGGCGGUUUCCUUGGCAACAGCCUGGCCUGGCAGGCCCGCAGGCUGUGUCUCAGUGACAGAUGGACCAAAGUUUGAAGUCACUCUGAAAAAAAAUGCUGGUUUGGGAUUCAGCUUCGUGCAGAUAAGAGAGAGCUACAGUCAUCUCAAGAAUGAUCUUGUGAGGAUUAAGAGACUCUUCCCGGGGCAGCCAGCUGAGGAGAAUGGGACCAUUGCAGCUGGUGACAUUAUCCUGGCUGUGAAUGGAAGGCCCACAGAAGGCCUUGUUUUCCAGGAGGUGCUCCACUUACUUCGAGGGGCCUCACAGGAAGUCAUGCUCCUACUUUGCCGACCCUCUCCAGGUGCACUGCCUGAGAUAGACCAGGGAUGGCAGACACCCGUGCUCUCAUCAGACAAAGAAUUCACCAGGGCAACUUGCACUGACUCAGAGCAGAGCCCCAGUUUGGAUCAAGAAUAUAGCCAAAGGGAGAGUGCCUCCCCAGAUGCAGGAAAAAGCCUGGCUCCUGGGCCAGAGUCUUUCCAAAGAGCCGCUGGGGAGGUACAAUGGGACCAAGACCUAGAGAGAUCCUGGGCCACUUCCUCGAUGCAUCCUCAGGAUUCCCACCCUCACUUAUGCAGACUGCAGCAAGAAAUGGAUGCAUCCAAUUUGGCCACCUCUUUGGAAAAGGAUAUAAGGGAAAACUGUUAUUCAGUUUGUGAUAUCAGGAGACUUGAAAGAUUUUCCUCCUCAUCCUCUCUAACCGGGCUUUCAACAGAUAUUUUCUGA